GGCAUCUCAACUCUCAUUGGUCCAGCAGCAGCACAGUGCAGUGUCUGGAAAUGACCACCAAGCGGAAGCUGAUUGGCCGGCUGGUGCCGUGCCGUUGUUUCCGCGGUGAAGAGGAAGUGAUCUCGGUGUUGGACUACUCCCACUGCAGCCUGCAGCAGGUCCCGAAGGAGAUCUUCACCUUCGAGAAGACUCUGGAGGAGCUCUACCUCGACGCCAACCAGAUCGAGGAGCUACCCAAGCAACUCUUCAACUGCCAGGCCUUGAAGAAGCUGAGCAUGCCCGAUAACGACUUGUCCAACCUGCCCACCACCAUCGCCAGCUUGGUCAACCUCAAAGAGCUCGACAUCAGUAAAAACGGUAUCCAGGAGUUUCCCGACAAUAUAAAAUGCUGUAAAGGCCUGUCGGUGGUGGAGGCCAGCGUCAACCCCAUCACCAAACUCCCAGAUGGUUUUACGCAGCUCCUGAAUCUGACCCAGCUCUUCUUAAACGAUGCCUUCUUGGAGUUUCUGCCGGCUAACUUUGGCAGACUCUCCAAACUACGGAUCCUGGAGCUCAGAGAGAACCACCUGAAAACCAUGCCAAAGUCCAUCCACAAACUGACUCAGUUGGAGAGGUUGGAUCUGGGUAGCAAUGAAUUCUCUGUAAUGCCGGAGGUGUUGGAACAGAUCCACAACCUGAAAGAGCUGUGGCUGGAUAACAACUCUCUCCAGUGUGUACCAGGGACGAUAGGAAAACUCCGUCAGCUGCGGUACUUUGACUUGGCGAAGAACCGCAUCGAGACGUUGGACACGGAGAUCUCCGGCUGCGAGGCCUUAGAAGACCUGCUGCUGUCCUCCAACAUGCUGCAGCACCUCCCUGACUCUAUAGGAAUGUUAAAGAAGCUGACAACAUUGAAGGUUGAUGACAACCAGCUGACCUCACUGCCUAACACUAUCGGAAGUCUGUGUCUAUUGGAGGAGUUGGACUGUAGUUGUAAUGAGUUGGAGUCGUUGCCUCCCACCAUCGGCUACCUGCACAACCUGAGGACCUUCGCUGCCGACGAGAACUUCCUCUCAGAGCUGCCGCGGGAGAUCGGUAACUGUAAGAAUGUGACGGUAAUGUCGAUGCGGUCAAACAAAUUGGAGUUCCUUCCCGAUGAGAUCGGACAGAUGACCAAACUACGAGUUCUUAACCUCAGUGACAACAGGUUAAAGAAUCUCCCGUUUACCUUUACGAAGCUGAAGGACCUGGCAGCUCUCUGGCUUUCUGACAAUCAGUCCAAGGCUCUGAUCCCUCUGCAGACAGAAGCCCACCCUGAAACCAAACAGAAGGUUUUGACCAACUACAUGUUUCCUCAGCAACCGCGACAGGACGAGGAUUACCAGUCGGACAGUGACAGCUUUAAUCCGACACUGUGGGAGGAGCAGAGACAGCAGAGGAUGACUGUGGCCUUUGAGUUAGAUGACAAGAAAGAAGAGGAAGACAACUCCGGGAAGGUCAAGGUGGAGAUAAACCUAAAGCGCUACCCAACACCCUACCCCGAGGACCUUAAGAAAAUGGUCAAGUCAGUGCAAAGCCUUGUGGGAAAAAACCACCAGCUGAGCACAGGCACCGCCACCUCGGCAGGAACCAACAUGGAACACACACACCUCAGCAAAGACGAGUACGAGCCUCCGUGGCCCCUGCCCCCCAAAGAGGUGAUAGACAGAGAUAUGCAGGACUUCUCUCAGUCUCAGCUAAUGGAUCAGGGAUCAAUGCAUAACUCUGGCAUUGACAUACCCAAGAGGAAGGACAAAGAGGACCUGACGGAGAGCUCAGAGGACUCCAUGGGCGGCUCUCCCAACGACAUCCGCAUCUCCGACAUGAGGCCCACCCUGGUGGAGCCGCCGAUGUACAAACCAAAGGUGGUUCUGCUGGGAAAGGACAAGAAAGAGUCGACAGAUGAAGAGGUGGAUAAGCUCCACUGUCUGAACCACAGCGGCUCCUCGGCCACUUACUCCGACUACUCUCCCUCACAGGGCUCCUCUGGCUCCUCCAACCCGCCCGGCAAUGUUCCCGCCGUUCCGGCCCCAAACAAGGACCAGGCCCCUCAAACACACUGGACCAACAGACUGGCUCAGUCUUUCCCCAAACCCAUCGACUCCAAGCCCCUGCUGUCUCAGAGAGAAACCCCUCCGUCAGGAACCCUGCAGCAGCGCGGGGAUCGACGCCCACUGAGCGAGCCUUUCGAUUGGUCUGAGGCUCCUCACUAUGACAACACCGGUUUUGAUCCCGAGGAGUCUCCUCUGGAUCCCCCGACCUCGACUGGGAGUCAGGGAAACCCGCCGCUAAGCUCCAAACCCCGCAGCCAAUCAACACAUGGGCGCCACCCCCUCAUGAGGCAGGAGCGAAUUGUAGGAGUACCUCUGGAGCUCGACACUCAGACGCUCCCCUUCCACGACAACCAACGCUCCACUCCGGACAUUGACCCACAAUCCGGACAUCCUUCCCAGAAUCCCUGGCAGAACUGGACCAGAACCCCCAGCCCGCUGGAGGACCGAACCGCUUUUCCCUCCAAACUGGACCUGACGCCCACUUCUAGCCCCAACCCUGACCGCAAGGACCCGAGGCUGGAACAAGGCGCAGGGCCUUUGCCCGGCAGCUGGUCGUACCACGAGAAUCAGGCGGAGCAGAACCGGAAGGAUCAGCUGAGUGUGAGCGGGGGAAACAAGGUGACCGUGGUGAUGAGUAAAAGCUCGGACCGCCUUUCCCCCAUGAUGAGGGAGACGAGAUCCAAGUUCAAGAAGUCGCAGAGUAUCGAUGAGAUCGACAUUGGCUCCUACAAGGUCUACAGUAUACCCGUGGACAGCUACAGUACAUCCAUCGAGCAACAGACUAGUUUGGACCGUCAAGACCUUCCCUGCUCCAUGGAGCAGACCAACAUGUCACGGUCACAGUCGGCCCCCAUGUUAGACGACGAGCUGAUCUUCCCGGGUCACGGAGGGAGCAACCAGAACCAGUCGGGACAGAACCAAAAACCUGCCAUCCCGCAUAAGGCCUACCACUUUGAUCACAACUACAACCCACAGGUGACCAUGGAUCGUCGGGUCCCUCCCCCCUUCCCCAACACACCCGAUUAUGUCAACCACUCAUCGAAAGCCUUGGAGUACAUCAAUCAACCAGGGAAGACCUUACCCAAGGAGUUGGUGAGCCCUCGGUAUCGUGCAUAUCCACCGCUGGAGAUGUUUUCUUUCCCCCAAACGCCAAUCAACCAGGACGGUCCGCCCAGCCAGCAUCAGCAGCCAAUCCCUGCGCAGCGCUCAAGGCCAGGGUUUUUGAGGAGAGCAGAUUCAUUGGUGAGCUCCACAGAGCUCGCUAUGUUCCGCAGAGUCCAUGAAGCCCAGCAGGAGGAGCUGCAGGAAGCGGACCCCCCUCAUUAUGGUCGGGCUCUGGCCUACUCCACCCCCAUGGAGCACUCUGCUCUCACCAACAUGGCCGACAGUCAGAUGAUGCACAACAAGAGAAACGGUCGCUACGACGACGACUAUCCCACCUACCAGGAACAGAAGAAGCCAAUGAUUGGCUAUCCGACCAAGAGCCUGACUCAGCGCCGCCCCCUGUCUGCCAGAAGCUACAGUACGGAGACAUAUGGAGCAUCUCAGGCGCGCCCAGUGUCAGCUCGUCCCACUAUGGCCGCCCUGCUGGAGAAAAUGCCCCCAGACUACACGCUGGCCACCCGCCCCGAGAAACCAUCUGACGACACCAUCAAAGUAAGACCUGGCGUACAACAGAAGCCCGACGACAUCACCUCCAGGAUGCCUCCCGAUUGGAGGCAACAGCUACUUAGGCACAUAGAGGCCAAACGAUUGGACAGGAGUGGUGUCCUAAAGCACAACACGCUCACGCUGGGCAUGCUCUGUCAGGGCGGGGGUCACGGCCAGGGGCACAGCGGCACUUUGAACUUUAAUCUUUACAAUAACACAAAUGAGCAUGAGCCCCCUGCUGGCCGCUGGCUGCCACUGCCUCCUCCUCCAUCUACCCCCUCUCAGCAGGCUGCCAUGCUGGAUAAUGAUCAGGAGGGGCUGACAGGGAGCAACCAGUGGGCUCCAUACUCACUUGGCAGGAGGGACGUCCCACCUGACACCCUCAUGAAAAAGAGCGCUCACUCACACAACGCCUCCCACCAGUCGCACAACACCAUGGUCGUCACGUCCUCUUCCUCCUCCUCCUCCACUACGCCUCACCGUGUCGUCGUGCAGCAGGGCUACGACGGGAUGAUGAACAAAGGGGGCCAAUACCAACCGGGCAUGCCCUUGUCGGUGGUUCCAUCUGGGGGUCCUGGGCAGUACCAAGGCAACAUGUCUCAAGGCCACCCCUCCCCCGGACAGGGUUACCCCGGCCUGCCCAUGGCUAUGUCCCCGUCUGGGAACCAGACCCAGUACAACCCCCACUCCUCCCACACGUCCCAUCAGCCUGCCACCAACCCUCAGUAUCACAGCAACCAGGGCAUGGUCCAUAGCAACCAGGGCAUGGUCCAUAGCAACCAGGGCAUGGUUCAUAGCAACCAGGGCAUGGUACAUAGCAACCAGGGCAUGGUUCAUAGCAACCAGGGCAUGGUCCAUAGUAACCAGGUUGUCAUGACUCACACCAACCCACGGCCUCAGAGCGCUCGCUGCCUGUUGCAGACGAAAGGCCAGAAGAGCACGGAUGGUUUCCAGGAACAGUUGUGUGUGAGAAUAGAGAAGAACCCUGGUCUUGGUUUCAGUAUCUCUGGUGGCAUCAGCGGCCAGGGGAACCCCUUCAAACCCUCCGACAUGGGUAUCUUUGUCACUAGGGUACAGCAUGACGGGCCCGCCGCCGCCGCCCUGCAGCCCGGAGACAAGAUACUGCAGGCUAACGGACAUAGUUUUUUACACAUGGAGCACGAGACCGCCGUCUCUCUGCUGAAGAGUUUCCAGCCGAUGGUGGACUUGUUGGUUCUGAGAGACAGCAGCACUUGCUAAAAAAAAUAUAUAGUUUUUAUAACAAACAAACAAACAAAAACACAACAACAACAACGCUUCUCGACUCUGCUCGUCGCCAUCCUUCAUGCCCACUCGUGGAACGGAGAAAAUGAGCCGCCGCCUUUUUAAAAAAAAAAACCUUUUUAGGGGAACACGCAGACAUUUAUUUGCCGAUUGCUGGACCAAAAGGCAAAUAUAGUGCCAAACGUACCGGAGGGAAACAUGCGGGCCCUCCGGUCUCCCGGCGGUCAGGGACCUGAUCGACCUCUGGACGGACACCAAGAGGACUCUCUGAGUUCCUACAGGGCUGCUGCAGUUGUUCAUUCGGCAUCUGAUCAGUCUGAAUCCUGGUUUUAUUUUAUUUCCACUGCUUUUAAUGUUCGAUAUUUAUUAAUUUGUUCGGUCCAUUUUCUGUGUUCUUCGUUUGCAUUGUUCUCCUCUCUGUUGCUCUUCUUUUGACUUGUAAUCUUCCGUUCUUCUCUUUCUCUCCAUUCUCUAUUCUUUCCUGCUGUUUUCUGUUCCGCGAGUAUUUUCUUUUGCCUCCAGUGUACAGACUUUUUAUUUAUUUAUUUUAAACGUAAGACUUUCUGCCUUGUGUACAUAUGACGGAGCUGCACUCUCUCCACGGGGGCCUGGACAGACAGCGCUCAACGCUUAUCAUUUAAUAUAAAUAUUGUUGAUAAUUUCUCUCUCUUAUAAAUAUACAGGGAUCAUUUCUCCAAAAUGGACAAUUUUCUAAAGAAAACCACAUAUUCCUUCUUCUUCUUUUUUUGUUUUUCCCGUAAAGAAAACACUGUUGAUAGUUCAUUACCGCUUCUUGUUAUAUUUGUGUGUGUUUCUUUUAAUUUAUUUUUUGAACCGUUGCUUGCACAGGUGUACUGAGAAGAGCUAAAGCAAUACUACUGAGGCUCCGCCCAUUGAGAUUUUCAGCAGAGCCUAAAUUGUCCUACAGUGCCAUCUAUUGAGCCAAUCAUGCUAAUGUUUACACACACUGCCAUGCACAUGAGCUAACAGGCAAACACACACACACACACACACACUGUAGACAUAUGUGGCCCCACACACACGUAUGCAACGGUGCGUUCUGUCCACUAUUCAUAAUGAAGCCCUGUGUAUAUUCUAGCCUGAUUUUACAAUUCAACUGCUAUAAUAACACACACACACACACACACUUGUAACAUUACUCAUGAUAUCUGUGACAUAUUCUGAAGUUCUGUUUUCUAGUGUUGUCACGGCGAUGUUACAUCAUCCCCCUUUUCCAGCUGUUUUGAGUUGUAUGAUGAUGAAGUCGCAGCAUGCUUUUCAUAUCGUCGGUCGCUCUCGGCCAGACGUUUUCCCGUCGGCUUCUCGAGUUGAAUCAUGAUGUAUUACUUAUAGCGAGACUGAUGUUCUGUAGUUGGUGCCAUAUGGAAACCCUCUGCCCCCCCCCCCCACAGGCACAAAGCAUCAGAGCUUUUACCGCGUUGUGGCCCAGAUCUGAUCCGCACAUGUCCUGACCUCUGACCUCCCUGCAGAAAGCGUCAUGAAAAUGGGGGAAAUGUCCUUAACCAAUAAUCAUAAAACUGUCUUCAGGGUCAAAUCUGCAAUGAAACAGACGGUCCCCCCCAUGCUUUAUUUUUUUUGACAAUCAGGGAAAAAAAGAUCUGAUCUGUGCCACAAAGGCUUUUUUUAGGGGGCUGCGCUUGAAAUUCCAGUGUAACUUUUUUUUUUUUAAACCCGAGGAGAUCCUCUCCAACACGACACGUACCUGGACGUGUUGAUUCGCCAACUGUCGGUUGGUGAAAUGCUCAAGAUUUUAAGAUUUGUGAAUACGGAGAGAAAAAUAAUGUAGAUGUGGAAAGAUAUUUUAUGAGUUUUACGGGGCCGUGUAAAUGCAGUCUUCUAUAAUCCGACCUCCGUGGGAACGGUUCGGAAACUGAGUCAGAAAGAGAGCGAAGAGGUUCAUUUUUCCGUCUCCGUGUAAAACGCGACGCGUGUCCCGAAGACGUUUCACGACAGUGAGUUUUGUUUUGUUCUGUUAUCAACAUCGGAUGUUUCAUCCAGAGCAAAACAACUGCCCUUUUUUGUUGUGCUUUUACUCGACAUGACGGGUGUCGCCCUGUGCCCAUUUUGUGUCAACCCUCUUAAUUAAGCGUUAGAAUUUACAUAUUUCCAAAAUAAGAGACACAAAAUGGUACAGAGAAUGUGUGGUUGAGAGACUUCAUCUUAACCACCGUUACCCACCCCCAAAAACCCACUAUUUAGAGUUUGAAAUAUCAAAGAUAUUGUUAUGAGGACAGAGGGAAAAAAAGUUUGAUAAUAUAACUAUUUUUUACUACAUGUUUCAGGUAAUUCUUUCUAAAUAUAUUGAUAUACCUUAGCUUUGCUCAAAAAAAUUGUGAUAUUUUAUAAUAAUGACACUUAUAUAUAUAUAACAAAAGUUACGGAUGGAAGUACGCACAGUAUGACUUGGAGACCUACACAUGUACUAUCCAAAAACUGUAUACAAAUGUAUUUCUACUGUAAUUGUGAAUUUGUGUUAUACAAAUAUAUAUUAUAUAUAUAUGUAUAUGGCUAUAAAAACAGUCAUUUCCUAUGUGUUUAAACUACAUAAGAGCCGAACAAAUGCUGAAGACGGUGUCACUGUACAUAGCUGUGAAUGAAAAUCCAAUUUAAAUAUGACUCAUAUUGAUUGUGAAUGUACUCAUACUUUCUGCAGCACACCUACCCAACUUGAAUGCUGCUUCUUCUGUUGUGUGACAAACAAAAAAAGUACUUUGACCUCCGAAGAGAGAACGCGCUGUCGAGUUAUACGAGUCGGACGGACUUUAGUGAUGAUUUAACAGAACUAUUUAUUUAUUUAUUUAUUUGCACAUGCAAGUUGAAAUCCUUCCAGUUUUAAGUUGUUGAGUAUUAUUGCGGAGAAAUAUGUAAUUUGCAGAAGUAUAUAUAUAUAUAUAUAAUAUAUAUAUAUCACGUGUUUAGAAUGCAUUUUGCAGACGCUAUCUGUAAAUACUAUUUAAGAUACAGUUUUUACAAAAAAAUAAUAUAUGUAUAAAAUCGAAAAAAUGCUGUGCAGCAAUUAUACUUGAGCCAUUUUGGGCUUUGGGACGUACCAUUUUUUCAGUAUAUAAGAAGUGUUUUGAAUAAUGUACUAAAGUCUCUAUUGUACAAAUAAUAAAAAAUGUCACUAUUGGUUA